UAGUAGAAAGAAACUCUUGUACCUAAAUGGAUUGUUAAAUUGUAAUCAAUUUUCGCUCGUUUACUGCGUGUUUAUUGUUUGUCGUACGUAUUAUAACGGUUUGUUCGAGAGUCAUCAUUGAGGAUAUAACUAGUAUAAUUAUAUCGUCCUAUUGGGAUUACGCAACCCUAAAAAAUAUCCUCAACAUGAUCUAGCUAUCAGCAAUGAAUAGCUAGUUUAAGAAAAUUUUACAAGAUUUACUACAAUAAAUAAGAUGCAAAAUUGGAACCAAUGGCAACUACCAACCGGCAAUACAGUUGCCGGCACAAUGCCACAACCACCGGCAGCUCCAACUUAUCCUACUUCAGGAGGAGAUCCUAUGGCAACAAUGCAAGCUUAUAUGCAAUACUAUAAUCAACCAGCACCAAGUGGAUACACUGCUGAACAAUGGGCUGCAGCUCAACAACAAAAUUGGGCCCAAUGGCAACAAUGGCAACAACAAUAUCAGCAAUGGCAAGCUCAAUAUGGAGCUAAGUAUCAAGAAUCAGUGAAGCAGAUGUCAGCGUCAGGUAUCACUGGAUUUCCAGCGAUGCCGACAGUACCACCCCCUCUCCCAAAAGAUGAUACUUCAAUAAAACCACCUUUACCACCCGACAAUGCAAAUAUGCACCCAACAUCAAAUCCACCACCUCAUCAAAAUAAUCUUCCGUUAUUUCCAUCAAAAACGGCCGUGAAUCCUCCUUUGCCCCCCGGACAACCACCUCCACCCCCUGAUAACCCUUCGUCAUCUAAUGAUGAUUUAACGGGUGUAAAACGUAGUGCCAGUACUGCUCUUGAUAUAAAUAGUGCUAAAAAAUCGAAGAAUGAAGAUGAUGAGCUUACAGACGCUGAAAAAACUUUUGAUGCUCAAUUUAAACAAUGGGAAGAACAAUUUAAUAAAUGGAAACAACAAAAUGCUAAUCAUCCAGAUAAGGCACAAUAUAAACAAUAUGAAGCUAAAUGGACAUCAUGGAGAGAGAAAUUGAUAGAAAGAAGAGAACAAAUGAGGAAAAAACGAGAAGCUCAGAAAGCAAAAAAUGAAGCUGAAAAGAAGAAGAAUUUACCAGGAGGAGAUAAAUUAAUGAAUAUAUUAUCUAAUACUGAAAAUCAAGGACUAAUUAAUAAUCUUUUGGGCAUUGGAAAAACCCUUGGAUUAUCUGGAAAAGAAGAUUCUUCUAAUAAAACUACGACCUCGUCUGCCACCGCAUCAGCAUUAAAUUCAUCAUCAACACAAAGUACAAUAGCACCAACAAUGGCUGGAAUUUCUUCAACAGCUUCAUCAGAAAUGAAUCAACAAGUUUGGGCAGCACAACAAUGGGCAGCUCAAUACAGCAUGACUGCAAUGCCAGUAACUGGUUUUCCUAAUUAUCCGCCGCCAACAAUUCCACCAAUAAUGUCGUCUACACAGUCUAUGAGUACUACUAAUCCACCGCCAUUUAAUCAACCUCCAGGUGGGUUAAAUGCUGUUCCUAAUUUCUCUCAGCCACCUCCAGGGUUUCCACUCAAUACACCGUCUAUGUCUCAACCAAUGACUGGAUCAGGAAAUAAUCAAGAUCAAUAUAGACAAGAUAAUUCAAAUGCUCCAUUUCAAAAAGACAAUUAUAAUCAACAAUCUUAUGAUAGAUUCAAUUCAGAUCCGUACAACUCAAAUAAUCGUCGUGAUCCUGACAACGAUCAAGGUUCAAUGAACAUGAAUCGAAGACCCCGCAUUGAUUCGUUCAACUGUGAUAGACAAAACAGAUUUAAUGAUGACAGAAAUGACUUUUCUGGCAACCGAUUUAGAAACGAUGGUCCUUCACGAGAUUUUUCAUCUGGUCGUGAUAAUGAUUUUCGAUCUAGUGACUCAUUUGAUUCUAGAGACAGAAAUUUCCAUGAUAAUAAUUUAGGAAGGAACGAUGGUCGAUUUCGAGAUCAAGAUUGCUUAGGAGGAUCUGAUAGACAUUCAUUUGGUUCAAAUUUUGAUCGUAAUUCAAAUAUGAAUAAUCCAUUCGGAUCAGACAAUCGUAUGAACAAUGAUCGUAUGUCUGAUAAUAAUUCAAACAUGAAUCGAUUUGAUUCUAUGGAUAAGAGAGAUAACUUUAUGUCUAGUAAUCGUAACAUGGGUCGAAAUAAUAGAUUUGAACCUGCAGAAAAUAUACCACCUGAAUUGAAAAAAUUAAUGGAAAAACGUAAAGCUGCUGCUGAUGUUUUUAAACCAUCUGGCAGUUUUUUGAGUAAUGAUAAAUCUAGUACAACGUUUGGAUCAUUGAGUGAAAGUUUCAAGAAGAUUACUGGGUCUUCGCCGUUUUUGCCUAGAGAUCGAUUUGAUUCAAAUCGUGGACCCUCAGAUAAUUUACGAGGAUCUUUUGGUCCGAAUAAUGAACAAAGAGAGAGAUUUAAUGAUGAUUUUAGAUUACGAGGUCCAGAUUUUCGAUCACAAGCUGAUGACUCCUUUAAACGUUCUGAUACUGGAGGUCCAAGCAGAGGUCCUAAUGAUUUUGGCUCCAACAGAGGACCUAACAAUUUUGGUCUUAAUAGAGGCCCUAAUGAUUUUGGUCCAAACAGAGGACCUAACGAUUUUGGACCAAAUAGAGAACCUAACGAUUUUGGACUAAAUAGAGGAUCUAACGAUUUUGGACUAAAUAGAGGAUCUAACGAUUUUGGACCAAAUAGAGGUUCCAAUGAUUUCGGUCGAAAUAGAGGUUCUAAUGAUUUCAUGGCUAACAGAAAUCCAAAUGAUUUUGGUCCAAAUCGAGGUUUUAACGAUUCUGGUCCUCGAGGACAAAACUUAAGAGGACCUGAUAUAGACAUGGGCAAAAAUCGUCAUGAUGAUAAUUUUAUUGAUCGUCCUAGAACACCGCCAAAACAAGAUCUACCACCACAACAUCUCCGUGAAUCUCAACCAUCAACUGAAGAACAAACUCAGCCGCCUAGUGAAAAUAACGAAAAAUCACAAGAUCAUUCAAAAGAAUCUCAAUUAAGUAUUCCACCAUUAGAAAUGCCACCAUGGAUGGAUCCGCAAAUAAUGGAAAGUCCGAUAGGUCAAAAUGAAAAUACUCAAGAUAAUGAAAAAUCUACAAAUGAAUUGCCAACUGAUCCUAAAGCUGAUACUGAGAUUAGUACUACUAAUAUUGAAGAAAAGAAAUCUACAGAAAUAUCUUCAACAAAUUCAGACGUUUUACCUUUUAUGGGCGAAAAUGAUCCAAAGCCCGAAGAUCUCAAUAUGGAGCCACCUCCAGAAUUACCUGAUUUAGGACCAGUGAAGGAACCUAAUAUGGCUCUAUUUAGUUCUAACGAUUCUAGAAAUGACUUGGAACGUUCUAAUCUCAAUAAUGCACCCAAUGAAAUGAUGGAUAGAUCAAAACAUGAUUCUUUCGGACCAAGAGGACCAACCGGAUUUGAUUCUAGAGAACCUGAUUUGAUGAGAUCUCGAGACAAUGAUCCAUUUGCACGAAAGGAGGCUGAGCCAUUCGGUCCACGAGGACCUGAUUCAUUCAAGCAAAAAGGACCAGAAAUAUUUGAAGCUAGGCGACCGGAACCGUUCGGACCAAGAGGACCAGCUCCAUUUGAUUCUAGAGGACAUGAUUCAUUUGAUUCAAGGAGACAAGAACCAUUUGGGCCAAGAGGACUAGAGCAAUUUGGACCAAGACGAUUAGAACCAUUUGAUACUGGAAGACCCGAACCGUUUGGAUCAAAAGGGUCAGAACCAUUUGAAUCUAGACGACCUGAGCCAUUUGGACCAAGACGAUUAGAGCCAUUUGAUUCUGAAAGACCCGAACCAUUCGGGCCUAGACGAUUAGAACCAUUUGGACCGAAAGGGCUAGAACCAUUUGAAUCUAGACGACCUGAGCCAUUUGGACCUCGACGAUUAGAACCAUUUGAUACUGGAAGACCUGAACCGUUUGGACCAAGAGGACCAGAACCAUUUGAUACUGGAAGACCUGAACCAUUCGGGCCAAGAGGACCAGAACCAUUUGAUACUGGAAGACCUGAACCAUUCGGACCAAGAGGACCGGAACCAUUUGGACCAAGAGGGCCAGAACCAUUUGAUAGUGGAAGACCUGAUCCAUUUGGACCAAGAAGAUUAGAGCCAUUCGAUUCUGGACGACCUGAGCCAUUUGGACCAAGAGGACCGGAACCAUUUGGACCUGGACCAAUGAAUAAUCCACGAAAUAUGUCAGGCCCUGGCCCAGGACCUCUUCGUGGACCGAAUGAUGAGUGGGGAAUGAGAAAUCCGAAUGAUCCUUUUUUCGGACCUCGAGGACCAGAUGAUUUUAAUCUUCGAGGACCUAAUCAUCCUUUGGGAAAUCGAGGUCCUGAUGAUAUGGGGCCGAGAGGUCCUAAUAAUCCUCUUAAUCCGCGUCCGCCAUUUGGUCCCCAUUGUAGUGAUCGUCCUUUCGCUCCUCGUGGAUUUAAUGAAGACAAUUUAGGUCCUUCCAAUCAACCUCCCGAUAUUGGUUCAAAAGGAAUUCCUUCUUUGUUGUCUGUGAAAUUUGACGCACCUAUAGGUAGAAUAAACGAUCCAAAAAAUAUUCAUCAACCUCAUGAUCGACCUUUUAGUGGAGAUGUCAAUCGACCUCCUUUUGGUCCUAAUAUCAUAGAUGAAAACAUCCCUCCAAUGCGACCAGAGCGAGAUCACCCUAGAUCAGGAUUUCCUGGUGAUCAAUUUAAUUUAAAUGAUAAAAUGGGCCCCCCUCCAGGUCCAAGACCUUUUCGUAAUCAAGAUGAUCCUUUCCUUCGCCCUCCCGAUCCUUUAUCAAAUCGACCACCAUUUGGCCCAAUGAACAGGGAUUCAGGUGACCGUUUUAAUGUAGGUCCAUCUGAUUUGCGUGAUGAUUUUCCAAAACGUAUGCAUCCCGAUGAUAUUAGAGGUGGUCCAAUGCGUCCAGAAUUUUGUAUUGAAAAACAGUAUAACUAUAAUCAUGGUGGUAGGCUACCAAAUAAAAUGCCUGAUGAAUUUAUACCAUCUAAAGUAAUAGAUUACGGCCAUCUAAAACGGCCAGUGGCCCAAGAUUAUGCAACUCCGGCUCAAUGUUUUGAAUAUUCACAUGGAAAAAAUAAACCAUGUGUCCCUGAACACGAAAUAUAUCCAAGAAUGGAAUUCAAACAUUGGAUAGAAAGUGAAUAUAAUCUGAAAGAGUAUCAUGAUAGUUUCAGAGCAUACAAAGAUUAUAAAAAUUAUAUGAAAAAGAAUGAAUGGAAGCAUAGAAAUGAACCUAUUCCUCCUUGGAGAGGAUAUGAUGAACGAGUUCGGUAUGAAGAUAGAAAACCGUCUCGGGAAAGAGAUGAUAAGAGAAAGAAAAAGAACCAAACCAAUUUGAAAGAUCAAAGAGAUCAUAAAGAUGUAAAAGAAUAUAAAGAUGUAAAAGAAUUUAAGGAUAAUCGAAAUAAAAGAGAAAGAGAGCAAUCAUGGGAAAGAGAAAUAGAACAACUUCAUGAGAAGACUCUUAGAAGCCAAAGUAAUCUAGAAGACAGGACACGUGAAAAAUCUGACAGAUCCCUAAAGGAAUCAAAUACAGAAUAUAACAAAGAAGAAGAAAGAUCUAAGGGAAAUAUAAGUCGACCGGAGAAAUCAGCGAAUAAUUCGGCCAACUCCACAAUCCAGGAACUCAGCAAUCAAGAUGUUUCCAUACCGGAAGCUCCAUCACCCCCACGAACAUUGGAAUUGGCGAAACUUUCAAAUAUUACAAUGGUUGCUGAUAUUUUGUAUCCUCCUGGUCGUCAAAAUAGACCACCUAAGAUAGUUAUCAUUCUACGAGGACCUCCUGGAAGUGGAAAAUCUUAUGUUGCUAAACUCAUUAAGGAUAAAGAAGUUGAACAAGGUGGUUCAGCACCACGUAUACUCAGUUUAGAUGAUUAUUUCCUUAUUGAAAAAGAAGUUGAAAGUAUUGACGAUAAUGGAAAGAAAAUUAUUUAUAAGGAAAUGGUAUAUGAGUAUGAAGAAGCAAUGGAACCAAGUUAUGUAACAUCUUUAGUUAAAGCAUUUAAAAAAAAUAUAACUGAUGGUUUCUUCAAUUUUAUUAUACUUGAUUGUAUAAAUGAAAAAAUAAGCGAUUAUGAAGAGAUGUGGAGUUUUGCAAAAUCAAAAGGAUUUCGGGUAUAUGUUUGUGAAAUGGAAAUGGACGUACAAAUAUGUUUGAAACGUAAUAUUCAUAAACGUACAGAAGAAGAAGUAAAUAGAAUCGUUGAUUAUUUUGAGCCAACGCCAAAUUAUCAUCAAAUUCUAGAUGUUUCUACCCUAUUGCAAGAACAAACUAUUGAAGAGGUGCAAAUGGAGGAAGUUAAAACGUCUACUGAUGAAGAAAAAGUUACAAGUGCAAAUGAUGAUAGUCAAGAUAGUCAAGAAGAUCAGCUAAAUCCAGUCGGUGUUAGCAAAUGGGAAAAAAUGGAAGCUGAAGACAAAUUAGAUCGUUUGGAUGGUUUGGCAAAGAGAAAAAAUGAAGGUAAACCACAGACAAUGGAAGACUUUUUGCAAGUCCCAGAUUAUUAUAAUAUGGAAGACACAUCUGGGAAAAAAAGGGUGCGAUGGGCGGAUCUAGAAGAAAGAAAAGAACAAGAAAAAAUGCGUGCCGUUGGAUUUGUUGUUGGUCAAACAAACUGGAAUCGUAUGAUGGAUCCUACAAAAGGAAGCAGUGCCCUUACCCGGACCAAGUAUUUCAACUUGACGUAGCAUCAUUUAUAGUUAUAAAAAUGGAUUUAUAAAGAUUUUUAGAUCUAUUUAGAAUCUAUUUACAGAUUAUAAGAAUAGAUUUGCUAUAAAAAAUACAAUAUAUCUGUUAUGAGCCGUAUUAAAAAUCUGUAAUGAUCGUAAUUAAAGAAUAAUUCACCAGUGAAACUAUAAAAAUUACUUUGAUAUUGUAUAAAAUAAAUUUCAUUUAAUGAUGAUAAAAUAGUAGAUAAAAACAGCUCACUUUAUUUCAUCUACUGGACAAAAAUUAUUUAUAUACACAUAAAAAAUUAAUUCAAAAAUAAAUACAAGAAUUCAUGUGAAACAUAUAAUUUCAACGGAAAAAUUAAAAUCAAAUUAAUCACCAUCGCUCAAAAUCUCUAGUGAGUGAUCCGGGUUGUAGAAAGUUUUUAAUGUUUUCUUUCUUACAAGUAUAUUCCGGUGGACACUGCUUCAUAUCUCCAUAUUCAAUUGCUUUACGUAAUUCUGCAAUUGUUUUAUCAUAUUUGGCAUCGAAAUUGAGUGUACUGAAAUGAAUAUGAAAAUUUAUAAAUUACAAACAUGUGUUUUAAAUAGAAUAACAUAAUAGUGAAGUGAAUAAGAAUACUGUACUGUGACAUUAAUUUCAUCGUUUGAACAAUCAUAUCAAGAGCACCCAAAUAAUUUUUUGCUGUUUCUGGUGCUUCACAGGCUACUCGUUGAAGACAAGUAUCACCAAUGAGAUAACCCAAUGCUAGAGCUAUUUCUUCGUCUGAUAGAAUAUUUUCUAAUAGAAUAGAAUACUCAUUAUUGUAAGAAUUUUGUAAAAAUUUCAGUCAUUAAUAAACUAUGUUGAUAAGAAUAAA